AUGCUUCGUCGUGUCCCCCCCUUGAAUGCUGCUUUCCGCUCGGCACGCCCGAUUGUCAAGCUCAUCAUUCCUAAAUCUGCCUACUCGUGCACUGCUCCUCUAGCCAUGGCCCAGGAAUUCAAACUCAAGGACUUGACGUCCUUGUCUCUGGCCCCAGGGUCGAAGCAGGAAGUCGAGGUGGAAGGCAUCGAAGGCGGCAAGGUCCUGUUGGUGAAUGCUGGGGGCAACAUUCAAGCCAUUGGGGCCAGAUGCACACAUUACGGAGCCCCUUUGGCAAAGGGCGUCUUGUCCUCUGACGGUCAUAUUAAAUGUCCAUGGCACGGUGCUUGUUUCAAAAUCUCAAACGGAGACGUUGAGGAAGCGCCUGCUCUGGAUGCCUUGCCUGUUUUCAAAGUCACCCAGCGGGACGGUAGCGUCUAUGUUGCAGGUGACGAAUCGGCAAUCAAAACCUCCAAGAGAAGACCCAAUUUCGCUUGCAACGCCGCCGCAUCGUCGCCAGGCAACGUCGUCAUUAUUGGUGGUGGCUCCGGCGCCCUUGGGGCUGUCGAGGGUUUGCGCGAGAACGGAUUUAGCGGCGGCAUCACUGUGAUUUCAAACGAAGGCUACUACCCCAUCGACAGGCCCAAGCUGAGCAAAUCUCUGAUGAGCGAUCUGUCAAAGCUUCAGUGGAGAGACAAGAGUUGGUAUGACAGCGGAAACGUCGAAUGGGUGGACGGCGAAGCUACCAGCGUCGACUUUGCUGCCCGCACGGUGACGACCAAGAGCGGCGCCAGCAUUUCCUACAACAAACUGAUCAUCGCUACCGGCGGCACCGCGCGGACGCUGCCAAUCAACGGAUUCCGACUGCUCGGCAACAUCUUCACCCUGCGCAACGUGCACAACGUCAAAGCAAUUGUGGAGGCUAUCGGCGACAAAGGCAAGAAGGUUGUCAUUAUUGGGGCGUCAUUCAUCGGCAUGGAGGUUGCCAACGCGACAUGCAAAGACAAUGCUGUUACCGUGGUGGACGCGUCCAAAGUCCCCCUGGAACGGGUGCUCGGAGCAAAAGUUGGCGCUGGUAUUCAAAAAUCGGUCGAGGGCAAGGGCGUCAAAUUCUACAUGGAGGCAGGCGUUGAGAAAGCCGAACCGUCGACAUCAGACCCCUCCAAGGUCGGCGCUGUCGUAUUGCAAGACGGCACCAGGCUCGAGGCCGACCUGGUCAUACAAGGUGUCGGCGUGGCUCCGGCAACUGAGUUCCUAAGAGACAAUUCCAUACUUCGUCUGGAGCAGGAUGGAUCGAUCCUGACGGAUGACAACUUUCAGGUCGCAGGUCUGAAAGACGUCUACGCUGUUGGCGACAUUGCCACACACCCCUAUUCUGGUCCCGGAGGGGAAGGCAAGCUGGUUCGUAUCGAGCAUUGGAACGUGGCUCAGAACUCCGGCCGACACGUUGCGCACCACAUUGUCAACCCGGCGACGAAGCGAAGCCACUUUGUGCCGAUUUUCUGGUCGGCGCUCGGCGCUCAGAUGCGCUAUUGCGGCAACGUGUCCACCGGCUGGGACGACGUGAUUGUCGACGGCGACCCAGCCGAAGCCAAGUUUGUCGCGUACUACACCAAGGGCGAGACGGUUGUGGCCAUGGCUAGCAUGGGUCGAGACCCAUUGAUGUCGCAGACUUCGGAGCUGAUGAGGUUGGACAAGAUGCCUUCAAAGACGCACUUGCAGGGGGGGAUCGAUCUGAUGGCUAUCGCGGUUUGA